CGCGGUGCCGCGCGGCGACUCUCAGCUCUUCCACACAGCAGACGCGACGAGAGAGAUGACAGCAAGGAAGUGGGGCUUCUAUCUGGCUAUUGUGGCGGCUUGGCUUGGCUGCCCAGUUGAUGUGGUGGACGGGUUGGUUGGCACGCCCUUCGUCCGUCGUGGUGGCCGCCGGCCAUAUGCGCGUCGCAACACAUGUAUCGGAAGUGCACGCCCGCCAGCGGAGUCAUGUUUGAAGGCCGAGGCGGUUGCACAAGACAGCAGGAGCACCUCGUCGGAGAAGAGCGGCGAGCGACGAGGGGAGGACAGGUUCGAGCGGUGGGCCGCCCAAGCGGGCAUCAGGGCGCCCAAGCUGAGACACGAGGUCUUCGCCGACGGUCUAGUAGGAGACCUUCGGGGGCUCAAGGCGGUGGAAGCAACGUCCAAGUCUGAGCAGCUUGUGACUGUUCCGGCCAAGGCGGCCAUCUCUCUCACCGCGUCCGAGUCGACGCCCUUCAGGUCCUGGGUCUCGCCCGAGUUCUGGGACAGCCAACAGUGGUACGUGAAGCUGGCGCUGAAGCUGCUCUGGGAACGACAGCUCGGGGCCGCGUCUGCCGUCGAGGGCUACGUCAACGUGCUGCCGGCGCAGGGGAGUUUCGAAACGCUCAUACACUGGACGGACCAGGAACUAGACGCCCUCGAGUACUCGAGGUGCGCGGCCUCCGCCAAGAGGCAACGCGCCGCGUGGGACAAGCUGCACGAGGAUCUGGUGGUGCGAUGUCCGGAGGGGGCCGGGCGUGCGGUGACGAGGGACGAUCUCGUGUGGGCCUUGGAGUGCGUCCUUAGCCGCGCUUUCAACGGCCGCUUCGGCGGCGGCCAGAAGUCUGCGCCGUUAAUGGCUUCGGUUUUUUACGACGGUCGGAGGAUCAGGUCGAGAGAUGCAACAAGAAGCGAAGCGAACCUUGUUGGGCUUGCCUAUGCGACAUGGACAGCAAUAUUCCGUACCGACGAGUAA